CCCGGAUGAUGCGUGUGAGGGCCCGAGAGCUAGUGGAGGGCGCCGCGCCGCUACUGACAGAGUGACACACUCCCUUCUCCUGGAGCUCCCUGGUUUUGCUGACUUAAAAGGAAAAGGAAGAGAAGCUUCCUAAUUCAAGGGCAGAGGACAACACUUGACUUGCUGGAGUAGUCCUCUUCCUCCAUAACUGAUCAGAUGCUGCUGCAGCAGCUAGUCUAAAUCCUCACAUCCCAGUGAUGCACCAUGCCAAUUGUUGAUAAGCUAAAGGAAGCUCUGAAACCUGGUCGAAAGGAUUCAGCAGAUGAUGGCGAUCUGGGGAAGCUCUUGGCUUCUUCUGCCAAAAAGGUCCUUCUACAGAAGAUAGAGUUUGAGCCUGCGAGCAAGAGCUUCUCUUACCAGUUGGAGUCCUUAAAGAGCAAAUAUGUGCUGUUGAACCCCAAAACAGAGGGUGCCAGUCGCCACAAGAGUUGUGAAGAGGCACAGAUCAGGAGACGGGGCAGUGAUCAUGGAUUUGAAAGUUAUAGUGAUGGUGUUCCAGCCCCACAGAAAGUUCUCUUCCCUAUGGAUCGGCUAUCUUUGAAGUGGGAGCGAAUUUACCGAGUUGGAGCAGGUCUCCAUAACCUAGGCAACACCUGCUUCUUGAACUCCACCAUACAGUGUUUGACCUACACACCCCCUUUAGCCAACUACUUGAUCUCCAAGGAACACACUCGGAACUGUCACCAAGGAGGUUUUUGUAUGUUAUGUGUUAUGCAGAAUCACAUGAUCCAGGCCUUUGCCAACAGUGGCAAUGCUAUCAAGCCAGUCUCCUUUAUCCGAGACCUGAAAAAAAUUGCUCGGCACUUCCGAUUUGGAAACCAGGAAGAUGCACAUGAAUUUCUUCGGUACAUUAUUGAUGCUAUGCAAAAGGCCUGCUUGAAUGGCUAUACAAAAUUGGAUCGCCAGACACAGGCAACUACUUUGGUCCAUCAGAUUUUUGGAGGUUACCUCAGAUCUCGUGUGAAGUGUUCAGUAUGUAAGAGCGUCUCUGAUACCUAUGACCCCUAUUUGGAUGUUGCACUGGAGAUCAGGCAAGCUGCAAAUAUUGUACGUGCCCUGGAGCUGUUUGUAAAACCAGAUGUCUUGAGUGGAGAGAAUGCUUACAUGUGUGCUAAAUGCAAGAAAAAAGUGCCAGCCAGUAAGCGCUUCACAAUUCAUAGGACGUCUAAUGUCUUAACCCUCUCCCUGAAGCGCUUUGCAAACUUCAGUGGGGGUAAGAUCACCAAGGAUGUGGGAUAUCCAGAAUUUCUCAAUAUACGCCCAUAUAUGUCACAAAGUAAUGGUGACCCUGUCAUGUAUGGAUUAUAUGCUGUACUUGUCCAUUCAGGCUAUAGCUGCCAUGCUGGACAUUAUUACUGUUAUGUGAAGGCUAGUAAUGGGCAGUGGUACCAGAUGAAUGAUUCUUUGGUCCAUUCUAGUAAUAUCAAAGUGGUUCUGAACCAGCAAGCCUAUGUUCUGUUCUAUCUCAGAAUUCCAGGCUCUAAGAAGAGUCCUGAGGGCCCCAUUGUAAAAACUGCCUCUGCCCUCUCUAGCCGAGCAAAUAAUGUAGUUGCUGAACACAUCAAGAAAAAUAUUAGUAAUGGUGUCAUCCCCUCACCACUAAUUGGAAAGAAACUGGACUUGGUAUCAGUGAAAAAACAUCAGACAGCAGAAGAAAAUGGUGUCCCAGUUUCCAGGAAUAGCUUUGUAGUAGGCCCUAAAUCACAGAAUGGAAGUGUUCAACUAAAACUGCCCCUAGGGUCCCUGUCCCCAAAACUUUCUGCAAAGCCCAUUCAUGGACCCAUCAUACUGGAUAAACUGGGGAAAAAAGUCAAGAAGCCUCUCUCCCUGCAACACCUUUCUCCAUCACUAAAAGUAUCUCAGGGGUUAAAUGGCAUCAGCAGCUUAUGUAGCACUAAACUUGAGAGCCGUAGGCAAGGCUCCUGGGAGAACAAGAGUGCUGUGCUAGUUACCUCACCUAAGCUCCUGCCUGAAGUGACUGUCAAUGGCCAUGGGCCAAAGGGUAAUGGUGAGUGUUCAGAUUCCAAGAGGAAGGAUUCCAUCAGUUCCAGCCCUGAGUAUUCUGCCAGUAGUGAGACAGCCAGGGGGCCUGAGACCCUGAAGAAUGGAGUUGGCUGUUUCUGUACUUCUCAGGAAACAGACUAUUCUGCUGGUGAGCGUACCAAAGAGCCACCUGGUGGAGAGGAUUCUAAGAUGGUGAAGUUAAAGUCCCCUAUCCUGACCAAUACUACCACUGAGCCUACAAGCAUCAUGUCACCCCCACCAGCCAAAAAACUGGCCCUUUCUUCCAAGAAGGCCAGCACCCUACGGAGGGCGACCGGCAAUGACCUCCAUUCACCUCCACAUUCAUCAUUUGCUGACCACACCUACCCCACGAAAAUCACCCACCCCGUCUUUGCCUCUUGGCCUGUCAGUAAAAUCAGGACUGUUUCACCUCCCAAAUCAUCAAAUUCUUUGAAGUCUGCCUUCAACUCCUAUUCAGUCAAAGCUUCACCACUUCCCUCCAGCUUCAGGCCUUCAGGGAUGACUGAACCACAUAGCUGCUCCUUUGCCUCCAAUCCCCUGCCUCAGGUAAAUGGGAACAUCAAGAUCCCUUCCCUCCAGCAGCAUGGGGCCAACAAUGCCCCUCAAAGCUUCUCCAAAAAGAGAAGGAAAAAGCAUACAGGAGAAGACAGGCCAUACAGAAGUCCAGAAGAAAUCUCACAGGGAAAUGGAGAGGCAGCUGACCUUUCUCAUGGAAAAAAAAAGAAGAAGAGGAAGCGUACAGAAGAAGGACAUAGAUCCUGGACAGAAGUUGCUGCAUCUCUUAUGCAGGAGGAACAAACACAGAGACCGACUUGGAAUAGAGAAAUAGGAAGGAGGUACGAGUUAGAUGUGACCGUUGAUGGGCUGGAGGAAGAGAGCAAAAACCAAGAGAUGAAUGGCAGUCACAUAGGAGAAAUGACUGAUGCCCCCUACCUUAGCAAGAAGAAAAAGGAGAAAAAAAGGAAGAGAAUGGAGGAAUAUAAUGAGGAACAUUGUCACUAUCAGAAAUCAUCUUUGGACAGCAGCUACUUUAUUUGUGAUAAGGAUGAGCCAGAGUCCAUUACAGAGUCCCCAAGGAAGAAGAAAAAAAAGAAAAGAAAGCAAAAUUCAGAACAGGAAGUAGAAGAGAACGAGCACCAAAAACACCAGAGAAAGGACUGCCAGAAUGACCACAAGAUCAUCCCUAAGGAAAACACUUUUUGCAAGGACAGCAACCAGUCUCAAUCUGUGAAUGGCCAGCAUCCUGGAAAUAUUGCUCCAUGUUUGUCUUUGGAGAAGAAACAGGCUCCUCUUCAGCUCUGGAAUAAAGAGAGAGAAUCUAAUAUAGUCCAGGAAUUGCUUGAAUAUUCAUCUGAUAAAGCUUAUGGGAAAAAAGUUUUGACAUGGGAUGGUGAAGUAUCAGCCAUCAGUCAGGAUGCCAUUCAAUAUAGUAGACUGGCCCAAAAUGAGACAGUGAUUGAUGACUGGGACAAAGAAUUUGACUCUGGGAAGGAAAAGAAAACAAAGAAGUUCAGGCGAGAGAAGAGGAGAAACUUCAAUGCCUUCCAGAAACUUCAGAGCAGGCGGAACUUUUGGUCUGUGACCCAUCCGGCUAAGUUUACAAGCCUUAGCUACCGCCGCUGAACUCUGCUGCUACUAAGAUAGCUUCCAGGAAAAAAAGUAUCACUCUGUGAGCUGUAGCUGCCUGUCUGUUGGAUCUAAAGAACAGAUGUUGUGGACCUUAAAUAACCCUGCUACCCAAAGGGUAUUUACACUGUGAACCCACUUUGUCAGGAGAAGUCUCCCUCUGCUACUGUUACAGAUCAUCCUGGAAUAGAGUCUUAUGGACCAUUAUUUUACAAAAAGGAAAAAUUUUAAGGCUUAGUGUCUUAGUGACUUCAAAAAUGAACUGUAGGAAAAGCCAGAGUCUGAUAGUACUGCAGAGAUGGCACUUCAUUGGGCUCAGGGUGUGGACUGAAUCUAGUUCAUUAAGUGAAUGUAAGAUAGAGAUUCUUCCACAACAAAGACUAUCCAGCCAAAGGAGAUCUAGGUACUGGUGUGUUUAAAAAAAUGAAAGGUGAAGGGAUGGAUUAGAUAGUUUAAUGAAAACUAACACCUCCUUCCCUUGAAUCCUAAGGGAAACUUAAAAAGAGGACACAUUUAGUAACCUUCAUGGUGAAAAAUCAUCUGCACUACAACUGCUGGCAUUUUAUAUGCUUCUGCUCACUGUCUUUAUUUUUGAGUGUGGAGCUGGCAUUUUUGUGAACCUGAGUGAUUUGUCUAUGCCUUUCCUGUCCAUCUUGCUGCAGUAAGCAGAAGUACUGCAUCAUUUCUCCUUUGGAAUGGAGGCUUUAGUUAAUAUUUCUCUUUUUCCUUGAAAAUUGCUGCUAUUGAUAUCUUCAUAGAGUAAAAAGCUGAUUUUCUGCAGUAUGAAUUUGUGAUGAGCUGGAAUUAUCUGUCCUUUGCUUCCAAGUAUGCUAUUUUUUUGCUCCAUUGUGACGGUGAAGUAGUUUACCUUACAGCUGCAAUAACCCAUGGAGGUGGUAGUCUUGGGGGUGAAACUUCUGUUUUACUUUGAUAUUUGAUAUAAGACAGUGUACUUAUUACCAGGCCAGUGGUAACAUAUUUUCCCUUUGCCCUUUUUCUGUAGUGCACACCCAUUUUGAUACUGUUGAUAGAAGUCCUUGGUUUAGACAAUACCCAGUAUUAUUUAUUGUGCCUUCAACAUUAGCAGUUUGAGAAGUAUGGAAAACUCAGUUUAUUUGGCAUUUUUGGAAAACAUAACUUCCACUAUAGGUAGGAAGAAGAAAGGUGAUAGAAAUUUCACACUUGGUAUCAAAUAGAGAAUCUAUAUGUAACUUAGAUUCAUUCCACCAAGUGGUUAUUUUGCACAGAACCUCCUGUUAUUUAUGUUUGUGCCACUUUCUUCUUAAUUUAACUUUGCCUUAUACUCUGCUAUCACCUUAAUUGGGGUUUUAAUGUUGACUGUGUAGACAGAACCUGCUUUGGAGGAGUUGUCAGCAUUGUAGACUUUGAUUUUUAAAUGGGCACAUUCAUUCAACAAUCAUUUAUUAAGCAGCUACUAUUUGCAGAACACUAUUUUGAGAAUAAUAAUACAUGUGGUCUGUCCUCAUUAGUUACUUCAAGUCUUGCAAAAACAGAAUUGUAGGGUUUGCUAAUGCUAAUUAGGGGACUUUUUGCUCUCCUCUUAGACUGCAGAUUUCUGAAUGUCAAUUUAUACUUCAUUCUCAUGAAAAAAGAAGCAGUCAUCAGUGUUCCUGUGGCUUAAUUAUCUAUUGCCAUGAUGGAGGAGAAGCAGCUGCUUUUUUUCAGUAAUCAUUUCUUCCUUAUGUUGAAAUUUACUCCUCUACAGAAUAUCUCCCAAGCCAUUUCUCUGUAAUGCCCUAUAGUUGAAAAAGAAAAUUUAAGUCUUCUACUAGUAUAAUAUCCUCUUUUAUUUUUUUCUCCCACCCUCAACCUAUUCCCUACUCCUAAACUUCUCAUAUAUCCCUUCCAUACUACAAUUAUGACAUCUUUUCCCCAUAGUCUUUGAAAAUAUACGUAUGACUUUCCAAAGCAUUUUAUCAUUGUCCAAAUGUAGACCGAAUGUAGACUAGCCAUUUCCUUUUAUAAAAAAUGAUUAACCAAAUUGGGAGAGGGAAGGGAUAGUGCCCAGAAAUAAUUUCAUACAAACUCUAGGGUGACAUGUACAUAAUUUACAUAUAUAUACAUACAUAUAAAUAUCUAUACAUACAAACAUAGGCAUAUAUAUGUCUUUUAUAAUAGCAGUCAUUCAGUUGACUUAGAAUGUGGAUUUUAUUUAACUUUGUGUUUAGGAGGUGAGUUGGGGUAGAGUAUGAUCUGUACUGUAAAGAUUCCCCUUCGAGUGAUAAAGUAUAAUAUCACUCACAAAUGAACUACCAUUGACUAGAUUGUUUUAUUAACCUGAACUUCAUUUUGACAAUUUUUAAAGUCUCAUAUUUAAUGGUUGUAUAAUCUCUCUAAUGUACAUGUGUGGAUAGAUAUGUCAUCUCCUUGUAUUUUGCACCUCCAGUUGAAGGGUGCUCAGUAGCCUCAGAUAUUGCCAAGAUCAUGGUGCAAUAAAACAAUGAAUUUUUGUGAGUUUU